GUGUACGCCUCCUUUGGAUGCUCUCAACACCACGUCAACUUCUCAUGGAUUUGUCUUUGAAAAUUUCCUCUGCCUUGCGACUGCUUGGUGAUAACUCUAAAACUGAAUAUGCCACUUACCAGGAGGUUCUUCGAAAAGUAUCUGAAGACCUUAAAAAGGACUGUAAAUCGAGCACUUUAAUCCCUGAAAUUAAUGUCAGAGAUGGUGGUGUGGUGACCCACUGCCAUGCUGCUCUGGCAACUCUCUUCAUUGAGUCUGUACGUGGAGGUCAUAAUGCAUCGGUUGUCACCUCUGCUCUGGAGGAUCUCAACUGGCCAGCUGAUCGUUUAACUGAAACAGUCCAGGAGCUAGAAUCAAACCGGCAGUUAAUACAGUCAAGACUUGCAUCCCUCGGGACGUAUCCUCCUCAUAUAGUUGAUGUUGACUGGAAGUUGAAUUACCGAGUUAGAAAGGGUAACAACCCACUCCAAGUUUAACAUUAAACUGUAGUGCAGUACAGGCAUCCCAUGGGUUACAGAAUUUCUGGCACCUGAAGAUUCAUCCCACACUACCUGGAGGUAUUCCUAAGGCGACAGUGGACCUCAGUAGUCCUGUAAAGAUUUUCCCAUCCCACCGUAUUAUCACCUGGUGGUCGUUGUACAUUUUUAACUAAAGUAUGCAAAUACUGUGUGCAUUACAGUACUUGACCUGAAAAGUACAAAUUCCACAAUCAUUAUUUUCACUAAAGCAUACAAAUACCAAGAACGUUAUUUGGACUAAUGUAUAUACUCACGGCCAAUUUUGUGUGACAGCCAAGGCAUGAGAAGUUAGUUUGUUUGUUGGUUGAGAUAAUGAAGAAAAAUCUUCAGAUUCAUCUGAAUAAGGUGUAAAGACUGAACAGAAAACGAGCGAAUAAUCAAACACAAAAAAUCGGACAUUUUCGAAUACUGUACGUAAUGUCAAAAUAUUCCGAACUCAGUUCAUCCUUUGUUUUUGUUAUUCGAGUGACCCAGAGCCACUGCGAUAUUGAACUAGUGAUGGUUCAGUGUACAGUGUUUCCAAGUUAGCUGUAACUUCCAGCAUAACAGCUUUGUGUUCAAGUCAUCAUCACUACACAAGUCAUCACACCUAAUCUUGCAUCAUUUUAUUGACAGAUGGCGUUAUCUCUAGAAGUAUUACUCCUGCUACCUCUCAUUCAGUUUUAUAUUUUUAACAAUAUGAAACUCCCUUUCAGCAAAUCAGGUCCACAAACUGAUAAUUUGUACACCCUUGCAUUUUAAUAAUAAAAUGGUCACCAAAAAUAAUAGUUUCCUUUUGAUUGAAAUACUGUAACAGAAAAAAUAUAGGUCACAAUGUGUUAUGCAACAUUCUUAUUAUGUAUUAUCUAAUUCUGUAUCUAGUAGCCAAGAGAAAUUAAUUCACUGUGACCUACUGUCUGGGUUUUAUACUAAAGCAAUGGGUUACAACAACCAGACUUCAUGGACUUUUCUCCUGCAAUAGUACUGGAGAUAAACUUGUGUACAGUUGUGCACAGAAAUUCAUGGUUCACACGAGGUGGAGCGUAUGGAGCCCGUCCCACCCUUAGUGGACUGCAAGUUGAUGUCUAGGCGACUCAGAGCCUAACUCACUAACUAGCACCGGUGUUGGGGGUUGUCUAGACAGUGACUUGCAGUCAAGUAAGGGUGGGACGGGCUCCAUACCCUUCUUCUUGGGUGAACCAUGAAUUUCUGUGUACAAUUGUACAUAAGUGUAUCUUCAUCUUCUUGCCAAUAUUUCCAUAAAUAAAACAGUUGCAUUUGCUUAAAUUGUGUGGCCAAUUGUACGUUUACUGACAAAUACUUUAAUUAAUUUUGUGAUAUUAAAGAAACUUUUUUUACAGAGUAGUGCUGGUGAGGAAGGCGGUGGAGCUAUGUACUUGGUGACACUUCACACACAAGAGAUGGAGGGAAAGAGAGGGAAGGUCACAUUUUCAUGUUCUCUAGCUGAACUCACACAUCUCGUUACACGCCUCAGGCAAGCCACUCGCUGCAUUCAGAAAUAUGCUAAUAACAGCUGAUUGAAUAGGGCACAUAGGUUUUGUAGUUUCAAUUUAAUUAUCAAACUUGCUCAGAAUGAACCAUUUAUGGUGCUAGGGUCUUUUGCCUUGUACUCUUUAUUCAGGUUUUCUAUUAAGUAUUUAUGACAGUUCAUUAGAAAAAGGUUUUUGUGGGACUGUCUAUAGAACAUUGAUUAUUUACACUGUACUGUUAUUAUUAUGCAAGAUACAACAGUAAAGUUUGUGAGCUGCAAUUAUUGAUUUUAUUGGUCAAACUUAAGUAGCUGCCUUAUAACGUUCAGUAAACUGUUGCCAUACCUUCUUGAGUGUAUAAGAUUCCAAUUUAUUUCAUACUCAUUUCCUGUACAGUACAUUUAUGCAGUGCAAGAAGUUAAAGAAAAGCAUUCUGCAUCCAAUUAAACCUACAGAUGAAUAGUUGUUUAGUGAAAAGUGCUUUGCUUUAUUAGCACUUGUGCAAGUUGGGCUUAUUUAUUUUAGUAAAGGCAUAUUAAAGUUCUUAUCAUCAAAAAAGGGAUCGGGGCAGGUGAAAGUCAUUUAUCUAUUAAAGCAACUGUUUUGGUAUGGAUUCUCCACUUACAUAUAACUUUUGAUAUUCUUGCUUCACUCUCUUAAGAAAUGGAUAGCAAAGGGCAGUUAAUGUUUUCUUUGUGCUCUUUGUAUGCAUUAAGGAAAAUCAUAUGUAAUGGCAAAUUUCACAUUAAAAGUAAGCUGUGUUAUAAGAUAUAUUUUCACAUAACUUACAAUAUUACCAUUGGUCAAUUUUCUUGUUGAAAAUGUUAAAACAGACAGUGGUUUUGUUGAAGUGUACAUUUCAGAUCACUUCAACCUGUCAACCAAGGCUACAUUAAACAAUCAUACAACGGCAGCUGUUUGUUGCUUGCUUUGAAUUUUUCAUCCAAACAUGGCUCAGGAACAGUUGAUUCCCUGUGUAUAUAUAUGAACUUGACAAUACUGUAAUUAUAGGCCUUCACAAUUAAAGAACAAAUUUACAAUCCUCUUAGAUAAUCUCAAGGAAAAUGCAGUAGUAAAGUUACUGGACAUGUACAGUUGUGGACAAAAAAAAAGUGUCAGGGAGAGAGUGUAAGCUUUACCUGCCUCAUAAUUAAACUAAAAACAGAAAAAAAAUGUGGUGUGAAAAAUAAAAUCGCAGAACUUUUAAUUGCCACCUCUAUGCACCGUGCCAAGUCUCCACCUCCCUCCUUAAUUCUUUGUGUCCACAACUAUACAUCUGGAUCAUCAUAUAACACAAUGGGUUUUCCAGGGAUUAUAUUCUGACAAAAGUAACUCUGGAAUAACACCAAUGAAGUGAACAUACACAUAAUCAGUGAUGACGUUGCACAGCUUUGACAACAGUUACUUAAAUAUGUAUUCCGGUCUGAGUUGGCGGGGUUUACUGUACUUUGAAGUGGAAUUACCACUGUUCCAAACCAUUAUAAUACUGUACUUUAUUUAAUAAUCAGAAGUGUUUUUCACUUUUAUGAAUGAACUUGGUCUACAAGUAAAAAUUGAUCCAGGGAAAGAAUAAAUGUUCAGGUGAACUAGACCCAUCAUUCCUGAAAAGGGGAUGACUCUCGCACUGGAACCUCAAGCUGAGCUAGUAUAUUACAAUCAACAAAUUAAUAACAUUGUUACCAGUGAACAUGUUCAUAUAGUUUGUGAAAUUGCUGUUUUACAUUUUAUAAAUGCAAGUAAAAAGAUCUUUCCUGUUAGUAGUGCAGUGAUUGCACCUCGCAGAAGCCAUACUGGUGUCUUGAUUUUUUUAUGUGGUUUGAGAAGCUUAAAUUAUCCAAGGUAUAUGAAAUCACACUGGGGUUCACAGUUCCUAGGCCAUCUCCCGAUAGUGUGACAAAGUAAUUGUCAUACGAGAGAGUAGUUCAAUGUCCUGCUUUAUUGUGACUUAUCCUUUCAUUAUUGAUGGGUCUUAGCCUUUAUAUAAUUCAAUAGUUCCUUUAUAACAGUUGUAUAAAUGAAGUGAUUUAGAAUACAGUAAUUGUAAAGAAUUACAAACAGAUGUUAAAAGAUGUUGAGUGUUUUCACAUUUUCUCAAAAUAUGAAAAAGUUGUUCGAUAUUUGUAUCAUUAAAAUACAAUCUCCACCUUAGCAUAUAAGAAAUAACUUCUAAUUAGGAUUAGAAUAUACUGUCAGAAGCUGUAAAAAAAAAAACAAUUUUGUUUGUUUGUACUAGUUUGAAGCACUUAACCUUUUCUAGAAUUUACAUUGUUUAGACUAAAAUAAUAUUGAGAAGGAGCUUUAUCAUCUAUAGAGCAAGGUAUAACUGUGUGACUUGGGGUUAAAGAAAAGAACCAAUAAUUCAGGAGAGGCAGUACAGUAUUUGGGUUGUGUGUGAGUGAGAGAAUGAAGAGAAGCAAAUUAUCAAGAGCACAAUUUCAUUAUUUUAACAGAAUGAAGGUGGAGAAUGAUGAAGUACAGUAAGAAUGAAGGUGGAGAAUGAUGAAGUACAGUGAAAAUGAAGGUGGAGAAUGAUGAAGUACAGUGAAAAUGAAGGUGGAGAAUGAUGAAGUACAGUAAGAAUGAAGGUGGAGAAUGAUGAAGUACAGUAAGAAUGAAGGUGUAGAAUGAUGAAGUACAGUGAAAAUGAAGGUGGAGAAUGAUGAAAUACAGUGAGAAUGAAGGUGGAGAAUGAUGAAGUACAGUGAAAAUGAAGGUGGAGAAUGAUGAAGUACAGUGAAAAUGAAGGUGGAGAAUGAUGAAGUACAGUAAGAAUGAAGGUGGAGAAUGAUGAAGUACAGUAAGAAUGAAGGUGGAGAAUGAUGAAGUACAGUGAGAAUGAAGAUAGAGAAUAAUGAAAUACAGUGAGAAUGAUGGAGUACAGUAUGACCAUAAAGUAGCAGCAACACAGGAAUUGUUAAAUAUGUACCGUAAUUCAAGUGUGAAGCCAUGUUUUGUACGGACCACAGCUUGUGAGUGUUAGAGUGUCUUGGUAGAUUUAAAUACAUAAAUACAACAUUAUUUCUGUGCAAUGCAAUAAUGUUUAUCACUGUGAUAAUUGUGAUAUUUUACAACUUUUCACUGUCAUCGAGUCAUUCAAUCAAUUGGAAGUACGGUACUGUAGUGUUUGCUGUAAUAUUUUUCGGAUUAUUAGAAAUUCUAUCUCUUUGCAAGUGCCAAAUUUUAUCCUAAUCAUUUAUAAAUAGGGUAAUGUAUUUUAAUGCCAUAUCUUUGAUCUAACACAAAGCACAUAUCUUCUUUUUUUACAAGAAUCCACAACUGUUAUUCCCAUUGUAAGAAGUAGUUUAUUAUAACCAAUUGUUGUAGAAUGAGAUGUCAUGUACAGUAUAAUAUUUUUAAUUGAAAUUUAAGAUAUUUAUUUCAUUCCUGUUUAUUUUGUUUUGGUGCAGUUGUGUAUGUGGGAAUGAUUUCCUUUAACUCAACAUGAGUUGAUCAUAAUGUAUUUAUAUUAAUUUUUAAAUCUUUAUGCAUGUUUUCCACUUCAAUUAGCCAAUGAGUGUGUGACAGAUGGAAGCCUGUGUCAUAUAUGGUGGCUAUAAAAGCUCCAUUGAAUACUCAUGCUUGUAGCCAUGGAAAUGAUUCUGUAUAUCACCAUUUAGAAGUCUUUGUACUGUUCUAGGAAUUUCAUAUAAUGUUGUUUUUGUUGAGUUUUCAAGCCAUAGAAGAUUUUUGGGCCAGUGUCUUUUUGCUAGACUAAAAUCAGUUAAGUUAUCUCAAGCAGGCGUACUGACAUUUCAUUGGGGCAUGUGUUAUCCUUCAGUAAUUUAUUAAAACUACAGUAAAAUAUCUGUUAACUGAAAAUCUAUUUUAUGAAAAUUUUUAUCAUUCUAAAUAUAAAAUUUAAGAAUAAACAGUAGAAUAAUU